AUGGCGGGUGCCGAUGGUACGGCAAACAAGUCCAUCUACACAGCAGAACCAAAUGGGAUAACUUGCAGAUCAGAGCAAACAAAAAAGAAACACGGGUCUUGGAUGGAGGAGUAUAGAUCAUACGUUGAAUUCAAGAAUCACGUGCUUCGAAAAGAAAAUUCCGCAAAUACAGGUAUCGAUGCGAUGAGUACAAGGUGUAAAGAUAGGGUUGUACAAGUAACACACGUAUAG